AUGUGUUCAGUGAUGCUGGGAGAAGCAGCUGCUGCUAAACUUGACGCGAUCCCUAUCUCUGACAAUACCAUCCAGCGACGAAUAUCAGACAUGGCUUGUGAUGUCAAAGAGCAGGUCCUGGACUGUGUUCGUGAAAGCCCCUUUCACGCCAUUCAGCUGGAUGAGUCCACUGACGUCGCACACUGUGCUCAAUUGAUGGUGUACGUUCGCUUUAUCAAAGAGCACAGUGUGCAGGAAGAUUUUUUGUUUUGCGUUUCUCUACCCGCCCGCACAACAGCUGACGAACUUUUCAAGGCCUUGAAUAACUUUUACCAGGCUAAUUGCCUUGACUGGGGCCGGUGUUGUGGGAUAUGCACUGAUGGGGCAAGAGCAAUGACUGGCCGUCACAGCGGUCUAGUAAAACAGGUGCAGGCAGUUGCCCCUGCGGCUGUCUGGAAGCACUGCAUUAUCCAUCGACAGGCUUUAGCAACAAAAAGGAUGCCCCAAGAAUUGCGUGCUGUCCUUGAUGAGGCUGUCAAAAUUGUGAACUUAAUUAAAUCGCGUGCCUUAAACGCCCGUCUGUUCUCAAUCCUCUGCAAUGAGAUGGGCGCUCAAUUCCAGCAGCUGCUCCUGCACUCCGAGGUCAGGUGGCUCUCUCGGGGCAAAGUCCUCACCAGGCUGUGCGAUUUGCGCGAAGAAGUCCUCCUCUUCCUCACUGAGAUUAACUCCCCACUGGCAAAACAUCUGGCAGACAUGAACUGGCUUGCUAUGUUGGCCUAUCUCUCCGACAUCUUUGAUAGGAUCAACUCCCUCAACACCUCUCUCCAGGGCAAAGAGUGCCACGUCUUUUCGGCACACGACCAAGUGUCUGGGUUCAGGAAAAAGCUGGACUUGUGGUGUGCUCGUGUUGAACGAGGUUCGGUGGAAAUGUUCCCAACCCUGGAGGAUGUUGCGGAGAAGACAGGGCUGCCUCUUAACUCUGUCCAAACGGUCAUCACUGCGCAUUUGAAUGGGUUGCGUGACCAGUUUGGCGAGUAUUUUGGAGAGGACGCAUUGGGAAAUCAGUGGGUGAGAAAUCCGUUCUCUUUCCCCGCCACACCCCGUGAUGGACUGAGCCUGCAGGAAGAGGAGGCCCUGGUCGAGCUCAGCUCGAAUAUGGACUUGAAGCAGAGACUGGGAGAAAUGCCGAUCACGCGUUUCUGGUUUUCUGUGGAGAGCGAGUUCCCCCAGAUCUCCACUAAGGCUACGAAAGUCCUAAUCCCCUUCACCUCCACCUACUUGUGUGAGUGUGGGUUUUCCGCACUGACCAUGAUUAAAAACAAAUACAGAUCAAGGCUGCAGGUGGAGGACGACUUGCGUUUAUUUCUCUCUGGAGUGCAGCCCCGCAUCGAACACCUCUGCGCAUCAAAAGCGCGGCCUCAUUGUUCCCACUAA